CGUGCCGCCGCCGCCGCCGCCGCCUGCCCCGGUCCGCGGGGGCCCCGCCGGCCGCCCUCCCCGCAGCAUGGCACCCUCGGGGCGGAAUUAGCCGGGAGCAGCUCUGGGGGAAGCGGGAUCUCGAGGGGUGGGGGGUGCCCUGCAGCCUCGGUCAUGGAUGUGAGCAAGAUGACUGUCAGCAUCAAUAAGGCCAUUAAUACGCAGGAAGUGGCUGUGAAGGAAAAACACGCCAGAACGUGCAUACUGGGAACCCACCACGAGAAAGGGGCUCAGACCUUUUGGUCUGUUGUCAACCGACUGCCUCUGUCCAGCAACGCGGUGCUCUGCUGGAAGUUCUGCCAUGUGUUCCACAAACUCCUCCGAGACGGACACCCCAAUGUCCUGAAGGACUCUCUGAGAUACAGGAAUGACUUGAGUGACAUGAGCAGGAUGUGGGGUCACCUGAGUGAGGGGUAUGGGCAGCUUUGCAGCAUCUACCUCAAACUGCUGAGAACGAAGAUGGAGUACCACACCAAAAAUCCCAGGUUCCCGGGCAACCUUCAGAUGAGUGACCGACAGCUGGACGAGGCUGGAGAAAGUGAUGUUAACAACUUUUUCCAGUUAACAGUGGAGAUGUUUGACUACCUGGAGUGUGAACUAAACCUCUUCCAAACUGUGUUCAACUCCUUGGACAUGUCGCGCUCUGUGUCGGUGACGACAGCUGGGCAGUGCCGCCUGGCCCCACUGAUCCAGGUCAUAUUGGACUGCAGCCACCUCUACGACUACACUGUCAAGCUUCUCUUCAAACUCCACUCCUGCCUCCCAGCUGACACCUUGCAAGGCCACCGGGACCGCUUCAUGGAGCAGUUCACAAAGUUGAAAGAUCUGUUCUACCGCUCCAGCAACCUCCAGUACUUCAAGCGGCUCAUUCAGAUCCCUCAGCUGCCCGAGAACCCACCCAACUUCCUACGAGCCUCAGCCCUGUCGGAACACAUCAGCCCUGUGGUGGUGAUCCCGGUGGAAGCCUCGUCCCCUGACAGCGAGCCGGUCUUGGAGAAGGAUGACCUUAUGGACAUGGACCCCUCCCAGAAGAAUUUAUUUGACAACAAGUUUGAUGACAUCUUUGGCAGCUCGUUCAGCAGUGACCCCUUCAAUUUCAACAGUCAGAAUGGCGUCAACAGGGAUGAGAAGGACCACUUAAUUGAGCAGCUGUACAGAGAGAUCAGUGCGCUGAAGGCACAGCUGGACAACAUAAAGACAGAGGGCCAGCGGGCCGUGCUGCAGCUGAAGGGCCACAUCAGCGAGCUGGAGGCUGAGCUGGCGGAGCAGCGGCACCUGCGGCAGCAGGCGGCUGACGACUGCGAGUUCCUCCGAGCAGAGCUGGACGAGCUCCGGCGGCAGUGGGAGGACACCGAGAAGGCGCAGCGGAGCCUGACUGAGAUAGAGAGGAAGGCGCAAGCCAACGAGCAGCGGUACAGCAAGCUGAAGGAGAAGUACAGCGAGCUGGUGCAGAACCACGCCGACCUGCUGCGGAAGAAUGCAGAGGUGACCAAACAGAUGUCUGUGGCCAGACAAGCCCAGGUAGAUUUGGAGCGAGAGAAGAAAGAACUGGAGGACACCUUGGAGCGCAUCAGUGACCAGGGCCAGCGGAAGACUCAAGAACAGCUGGAAGUUCUAGAGAGCUUGAAGGAAGAACUUACCACCAGCAAACUAGAGCUGCAGGUCCUCCAGAACAGCCUGGAAACUUCCGCGCAGUCAGAAGCAAAAUGGGUGGCCCAGAUCACCGACCUCGAGAAGGAGCGGGCCAGCCUCAUGAGUUCCGCGGCUUCUCGAGAAAAAGAAUUGUCCACCCUUCAGGAGCAGCUGGAAUGUGCCCAACUCAAACUGGCCAGCUCGCAGGAAUCCAUGUGCCAGCUCAAGAAAGACCAACGCAGAAUGCUUCUGGUGGAGUCGAGGAAGUCUGCGGAGCAGGUGAUACAAGAGGCCCUGAGCCAGCUCGAAGAACCCACGCUCAUCAGCUGCGCUGGCUCUGCAGAUCACCUUCUCUCCACGGUCAAGUCUGUUUCCAGCUGCAUUGAUCAACUGGAAAAAAGCUGGAGCCAGUAUCUGGCCUGCCCGGAAGAUAUCGGUGGGCUUCUCCAUUCAAUAAUCCUGCUUGCCCAUUUGACCAGUGACACCAUUGCUCACGGUAGCACCACCAGCCUUAGAAGCCCGCCGGAGCCUGCCGACUCUCUGACAGCGGCCUGUAAGCAGUACGGCAGAGAGACCCUCAUCUACCUGGCCGCCCUGGAGGAAGAGGGAACCACUGAGAAUGCUGACUGCACAGCCAUGAGGAACUGCCUUAGCAAGAUCAAGGCCAUUGGCGAGGAGCUCCUGCCCAGGGGCCUGGACAUCAAACAGGAGGAGCUGGGAGACCUGGUAGACAAGGAGCUGGCGGCCACUUCAGCUGCCAUUGAAACUGCCACCGCCAGAAUAGAGGAAAUGCUCAGCAAAUCUCGGGCAGGAGACACAGGAGUCAAAUUGGAGGUGAACGAAAGAAUCCUUGGUUCCUGUACCGGCCUCAUGCAAGCUAUUCAGGUGCUGAUCGUGGCCUCCAAGGACCUCCAGAGAGAGAUUGUAGAGAGCGGCAGGGGUACAGCGUCCCCUAAAGAGUUUUACGCCAAGAACUCUCGAUGGACGGAAGGACUCAUCUCAGCCUCCAAAGCUGUGGGCUGGGGAGCCACCAUCAUGGUGGAUGCAGCUGAUCUGGUGGUCCAAGGCAAAGGGAAAUUUGAGGAGCUAAUGGUGUGUUCACAUGAAAUUGCUGCUAGCACAGCCCAGCUCGUGGCUGCAUCCAAGGUAAAAGCCGAUAAGGACAGCCCCAACCUAGCUCAGCUGCAGCAGGCCUCUCGGGGAGUGAACCAGGCCACUGCCGGGGUCGUGGCCUCAACCAUUUCUGGCAAAUCACAGAUUGAGGAGACAGACAACAUGGACUUCUCGAGCAUGACACUGACCCAGAUCAAACGCCAAGAGAUGGAUUCCCAGGUUAGGGUGCUGGAGCUAGAAAAUGAAUUGCAGAAGGAGCGUCAGAAACUGGGAGAGCUUCGGAAAAAGCACUACGAGCUUGCUGGCGUUGCUGAAGGCUGGGAGGAAGGAACAGAAACGUCUCCACCUGCACUGCAAGAAGCGUCUGUUCAGUUUCAUCAUUUGCACAAACUUGUGAGCAUCAGAGGGCUGGUGGAUUCCAAACCAGGACACUACCCUGAAUCCGCACAGUCAGAAGAACAGCGGGGUGUCCUGGCUGAGAAUGCCAGCGCAGUUCUACCCCUCUUUGGGCAGUUCCGUGGAUUCCCACUGCUUCUUAUGGUGGUUGGUUGGGUUUUUUUUGUUUGAUUUUUUUUUAAUGGUUCACUCACAUAGCCAACUCUCCCAAAGGGCACGUCCCUGGAGCUCUGAGUUCCCUGGGGCCCCACCCCACGGCAGUUCCAGCAAUGGCAGUUCCAGCAACGGUGCUGCUCAGGCUUCGCCUUGGUGCUCCACCUCUGCCUCCUGCUGAGCGACGGCCAGGCGGCCGAGGCCAUGCUCCAGAGACAGGCAGAGCUGCUGAGUAACAGCUUGUGCUCAAAAGGCAGAAGCAGAGCGAGUGCCUUUCCUCCCUCCAGCUAGACUCCAGCUGGAAGCCUCUGUCCCCCUUCAUAAGUGAGAGGGCAAUAGAAGGAGGGACAGGAGGGGUACGAAUGACCCAGGUCUUUAGGGGACACCUUUCUUAGGAAUUCCUGUGACCAGGCUCAAAAACCUUAACUCACGCUUGAACCAAGCUGGUGAGAGUAACAACACUACUUCCCCUAGAAUGAAUCGUCCAUGUCACGUCAAGUGGGCCACCUCCCUUCAUUCCCAGGCAGGGCCCUAAGAGGGAGCGUCCCAACUCCUUGCUCCAGAUGUCUGCCUUGGCAUUCUCUUGGAUCUGAAGAUCGUUGCAUGUUGACAGACCCAGAAGAUCAGACACGCUUGCUCCCAUCAGGAAAGAGCCCCGUGCUUGGUUUGGUACCCUUAGUAUUUAUUACUAACCUCCUUUAUGCAGCAGCAGCCUACAGGAAAAUGCUUAUGACUGUGGCAAGGCUUGUAUCGCUGCCCUGCGGCAUCAGCCUUCAAGAAAUAGAAGCGAGGCCAAGGUGCCAUCCCUGGAUUGUUCCUGGCAAGGACCCCAAAGCAAGCAGGUCCCUCUGAGCUUUUGGGGUCAGGGAAAUGAGAAAGGGGAGCCACUGGCUCUGACACCUUCCAGCCACACCUUCCAGGCUCUUGCUGCCCGACAGACAGACAGGAUAAGGACAGAGGGCACGUGAACAGCCUCCUAGAGACGGGCAGCCUGCCAGCACUUUUCCACUCCCAGAUGGACCGCAGCAUCUAAGUGACCUUCUGAUCUUGGAAAAACAACAAGUCUUCCUUCUUUAUCUCUAGCAACUCAGUAGUAGUAGCCAACAAGCACUUCCCAGGACUGGUCCCAAAGGAACAUUACUAAGUUUUGGUACAGGACGGGUUGUGAGACUGCUGUUUUGAUCACUGUGAAUCAGCCCCCCUCUUUCUACCCCACCCCCCAGCUCCCUUUCUGUGCAUUUUCUAAGUGGGGUGCUCCAAAAAACAGUCUCCCAGGAUCUCAGAUGACCAUACUCAGAUGUGUGACCUCCAUAUUGGGCUAAGGAGGUCUCAGCAGUAGGAACUGGGCAGUCUUAAGUUUAAUGCUGCUUUGUGCUUAGUGUUCUUCCAUCCCAAGGCUCAGAAGGAGUGGUGUGUGGCAUCCUGUCCCAGUUGUGCCGGUUAAGUGAAUCAGUGUGUUCUAAGUGAGGGUCGCCAGGUCCAAAAGUGGCUGGUCCUCACUUCUAGGGUCGCAACCAUUCAAACGCAUGUUUUCCAAAUUACCAAUGGGGAGAAAAGCGUGCGUUGGACCAGAUUAGGAUGCUCAGAAUAACACUCCCUCUAAAAAGAAGCCACAGUAAUUUUUAAAACCUUCCCGAACUUAGCCUAAGUAAUAAAAUAGUUAACAAAGCACUCAAACAGAAGCACAGGCUAAUUCAGUGUCACAUGGGGAAAUACCUGUAAGAUGGAGUGUAAUUACUUUCAUAAUAGCUCAGAUUAGAAACUGUUCCAUUCUCCAGCUAAAGUCAAAUUGUCCUACCUUCACUCUUCUAAAAAUGAAUGUGCUAUACUUGCUGUGAAAUACCUUUGAUUAAAACAGGAAUCACAUCUUAAAGCUAAAAAUGAACUUCACAGCCUUUUAAAUGAGUCACUGAGCAUCACUAGUGACCAAAGUCUUGGGCUGAGUGUAAAUGGGUCAUGACAAGACAAGAUGGCAAGAAAAUAAUGGUUUAGGGUGAAGAAGAGGUUGAUAUUCAGUUGCAGCUUAAUUUUGUCAUAAAGUGCUCUAAUACCUUGAGUAAGGAUAUUUGUAUACAUAAUAAGGGGAAAAAAAGAAAAGUUUCCUUUGUGGGGUUAUUUUAUAUCUGAGCAAGGAGUUUAAAUCAGACUAUAAUUUAGAUUGUUUGUCAAUCCUGCUGCCAUCGGCAGUGUCCCUAGGAGCCCAUCUGGAUAUGAGUCCUUAACCCAGUGGCUGGAAGAACCAAACGCUGCCCGUAGCAUCCUUUCUUGGAAUUGUUUUCAGCUCCAAGUCAGACACCAAGGUUUAUACCAGGUAGCACAGGGAUCACAAGUACAUGUCAUUUCGGUCAGGUUCGUUUGCUUUGGCCUCUCGCCCCUGAGAAGGAGCUGGUUCUCAGCUUGCACCGUGGAAGUUCUCAUUUCUUUGCCAGCUUCUUAGUCUAGAGGGGUCUACUGGCUCCACUUCACCCUGGUCUUUAAUAACUGGGAAAUGUCUUGCUAUGUUCUACCACCUUUCCAAAUAUCUGGAAAUCCUUCCUGCCAAUGAAAGCCUUCAGUCCCAACCUUGGCCUUCCAAGCAGACCGGCUUUGCCCUCUCUCUGCCAUCCUGGGUCCUCCAGAGACUGCACCACCUGUAGCAGAGAAAACCACCAUCGUGGGCCUGCCAGCCGUCAGCACAGCAAACCAGGCCAGCUACGUGUGCUCAAUUUCUUCUUCCAGGUCCACACCAAAUACAGGAUCAGCAACACACAGCAGUGGCACCGCCUCACCCCAGGAGCCAAAGCGAGGUGAAACCAUUGGUUAGAUUCUGUUGGGGCCGAUUCUGAGAGUAGAUUUUUCCAGACAUGUCUUUCAGGUGACCCUCAACUACCUCAGGUUUGAAGGCCCUAAAUUAAGCUGAUUACCACUCACAGGGACAAACCGAGGGGGUUUCGGUUAAAUCUUGGUGAUGAUGCAAUUGUCUCAAACUUAGAACAAACUCUUUCACAUUUAGAUUUGCAGGGAUAGGGUUGGGUUUAUUUUUCCUUUCUUCUGUUUUUAACCUGUCCCCCAAUUUUUCAUUAGGAUGAUUCCUAUUGAUGAAUUUCAUUUUUCACUGAGUGCCUACCUUCCCAGGGCAGGUAGCCACUGGCUUUUGUUUCCUUCCAACAAUACUUUUAUUAUGGUAUUAAGACCUUUCUUUGUAUAAUAUAUUGCAUCUGUGUUUUCAAUUUUUCAAAUAAAUAUUUCAGCCUGGCAA